GUCCAUGUUUACUUCCGGACAGAGUCCACGUGUAGUUGGCUGCAAAAGGUUAUGAUCAUCUUGUAAUUUCAGCGAUUGCUGUCUCUCUCAGUAUUUCAAAGCACAGUGGAACGACCAAGAAAAGACCUUUCUACACAGACAGAUUUGACAAUGGCCAACGUCGAAGAUUCGGCUCUAGAUGAGAAUAAGUGCAACAAAAAGAAGAAGAAGAGAAUGAAGAAUAAGGAACAUGAAAUGACAGAGGAGAACGUUGUCCAACCCACAAAAAAACACAAGAAAAGGAAGCGAAGACACGAAGAGGAACAAGCCAAAAUGUUAAAAGAGGAAAAUGUUAAAAAUUGUAAAUCAGAUGAUAAAGCUUGUGAUGGGCAUACAAAGAAAAAGAAGGAAAAGAAAAACAAGGAAAACGAUUGCGAGGAAGAUAUUUUGACCACUCCUUUAACGAAAAAAAAGAAGAAAAAUAAACAUAAAGAAAAUGAAAUCACAGAGGAACCUGAAGAUGCUCAUAUCAAAGAAGACGGUGAGCCCAAAAAGAAACGGAAGAAGAAGAAGAAAAAUAAGGAAUCAGAAGAUGAUGUGACUGACAAUGUAGAUAUUGUUGCAAAUGAAAAACUUGAACAUAAGAAAAAGAAAAGACGUUCAAAAGGAAGUGGUAAUGAUAACAACGUCUCUAAUGAUGAUGAAAACAACGUGUCUCUGUGUAAAAAGUCUAAGUCGUCCGAAGGCUUGAUAGCAACGGUAACUGUGCACGAGGAGGAAUCUGUAUGUGUCAAGAAGAAGAAAAAGAAACGAAAGCACUCGCUGGAAGGACAAGAAGCCGUACAAGAGGCGGAAAAUUCUCCAAAGAAACAGAAAAAAGAUAGUAAAUCUAACGGUGAGAUUGAUUUGAGUAACGAGUCAAAUUUAGCUUCAAAUGUAAAUAAAGGUAUUCCAUCAGGAGCAAAGCAAAACGCCACCGAACCUAUUGUUGGGCAGUGGGGUACAUCUUCGCUAGGAAGUGACACAAGGCAACAGAAAUUCCUACGACUGAUGGGAGGAUUCAAGAAAGGUACAAACGACGCAAAUUCACUGGGGACCAAAAAAUCUAAAGGUCUUUUUGGAAGCCUGAAAGCAACACCAGCUGUUACUUAUUUGGCCUCCCAGGGAGGGAAUAGAGCCAUGGACGCUUCGCAGGAGAAAAACUACCUCACAAACAUGGAGAAGGACUAUGAGAGAGCGAUGUCCAUGAAUCUGAAAAGAGGUAUUGGUUUGGGGUUCGAAAAGCCGCCUGGCGAAGGCAAGAAGUUCUAUAUUGACACUAAAACAUCAAAGUCUAUAAAGUUUGACGAUUAAAGCUAAAUAGUGAUCAUAUCAGUUUUAAGGAGUUUUGAUGUUUAUU